AUGUUAGAUAGGAACCGAACAUCGCUGCUGCUUGUGCUGCUGCUCUCGUCAUGUGUGUCCGUGCAAGGACACGCUGGAGACGGACUGGUGAUGAGGAUGAGGGGAGGGACGGGGAGAGGCGGGCCUCGCGGAGGAUUUCGUAGCAAGGGAGGAAACUUCAAGUGGCGCCAUCCGCACGUCAUGUUUGAGCGGGCGAACAAUCAGCCGAAUCCGAAGCCAGCUAGAGAGUCGUUGAGGAACCGGAAGACGAUCCUCUCGACAGGCAAACAGACGGCAACUCAGACGCCGCACCACGUGGAGAUAAAGCGAUCCCACCAGUCAUACUACAUUCGUUUCAACAGCAAGCGCGGAAAGAAGAUCGUGAAGACCCUCAUGAAGGACAAAGCUUUCCUUCUCGGGGCUGGUGCGAAAGUGGAGCUUGACCCGGACCAGUUCAAGUAUGACUGGCGCGACAAGAUCAAGAAGCCAAGAGAGUUGAAAGUUGGGCUGAAAGGAUACGGAAAACCGCCGUACGAUUUCACCAACAGAUACCUUGGAGGCCCAAAGCAAUGUUAA